UCUUCAUCAUCACAUUAUUACAACGUUAACCCAGGUAACACGAAAAACACACUCAACAUUUCAACAAAUUCAACAAUUCAACCCCAUUCAUUAAUUCAUUGAAACAGAAAAAACGUAAGCAUUCUUGGGAUUGAUUCAACAGAAAAGGAAGAAAACCCAGAUAAUCUGGAAUACUCACAUUAUUUUUCACCCCAGAUUUUUCCCAAAUCUCACAUUUCCUAAUCAAUUUCCCUUUUUCAUCCAAAAAAUUAAAUGCAAAUUUAAUAAUUUUUCCUCCACUUUGCACCGUCUUAACCCCGCCAAAUGCCUCUUUCUCUCUCCUCUUUUUCAAGUAUUCUUUGAUUCUUGCAAUAUAAAUAAUACUUUUUUCCAAUACCCAUUUCAUUUUAUUUGUUUAAUUCAUUGAAUUUGGGUGUUUGAAAUGACUGGCGGUGGACCGUCGUCGGAGAGUGGUGGUGGCAGCAAGAACAUUUUCUGUGAUGCCGUCGCUGGCGCCGCUGCAGGUGGAAUUGCUGCAACAUUUGUGUGUCCAUUGGAUGUAAUUAAGACAAGAUUACAAGUUCAUGGCCGUCCUGUCACUUCUUCUACUUCUGCUUACAAAGGUAGCAUUAUCAUUACAAGCCUUCAAGACAUUGUUAAAAAGGAAGGGUUUCGUGGCAUGUAUCGUGGGCUUUCUCCAACAAUUUUUGCUUUACUUCCAAAUUGGGCGGUAUACUUUGCUGUUUAUGAACAUCUUAAAGGUUUACUCCAAACAGAUGAGCAUGGUAAUGGUCAGCUUACAAUUGGUAGAAAUAUGAUUGCUGCUGCUGGUGCUGGAGCUGCUACAGCUGUCGCAGCUAAUCCCCUGUGGGUAGUGAAGACCCGACUCCAAACGCAGGGAAUGAGGAAAGAUGUAAUUCCAUAUAAAAGCAUACUUUCUGCCUUAUCAAGGAUAACGCGUGAAGAAGGAAUUCGUGGGUUGUACAGUGGGCUUUUGCCUUCAUUGGCAGGGAUAACUCAUGUAGCCAUCCAGUUUCCUGCAUAUGAAAGAAUCAAGUUCUAUUUGGCGAGCAGGGAAAACACAACUGUUGACAAGCUAAGUACAGGAGAUGUUGCAAUAGCUUCUUCAUCGUCGAAGAUAGUAGCUUCAAUGUUGACUUAUCCCCAUGAGGUUGUUCGUUCUAGGCUUCAGGAGCAAGGGCAAGUUCGUAAUCGUGAAGUUCAUUACUCUGGGGUUGUUGAUUGUGUCCGUAAGGUUUUCCUAGCUGAAGGUCUAGCUGGAUUUUAUCGUGGAUGUGCAACUAACCUAAUGAGAACAGUCCCAAAUGCUGUCAUUACAUUUACAAGUUAUGAGAUGAUUCUUAGGUAUUUGAUGCAGCUAGUAACUCCUGCAACAAAGACACCAUUAAGCCAAUCUAAUAUUGAUGAUCAUAGCAAGCCUCAAUGUAGUGUGAAGGGUGAAGAAGAGAGUGGCUCUGGUUCUGAGCACACACAGGACCAAUCUAAUAGUAGAGCACCGUCAAUCCCUGUGAGUAAGGACCAGUUGACGGCGAGAUAGUGAUAGAUUGAUAGUUGCAACUCUGUAAUGCAGGAAAAAACAGUUUCCAUUAAUUGAAAACUUUAGUGCGUACAGAAAGUAAAACAGUUAAUAGUGAAGUUCAGGAACAAUGAAAGCCAUUAUUUUCCAAUUUGGUGAUGAGAGUAUUCUCUUGGGUGACUUCUGUUAUUCUGCUGGCAAGGAAACCCUGAUUGAGUUUAUUCUUGUACUUGAUUCUGACUGACGCAUAGGUCGCGGAAUCCAGGCAAGUGCCCUGAGGCCUGAGUAUAUGAUGAUGACGAAAUCAUAGUGUAAGAGAUAUUAGGAACAUGGACUUCCCUAAUAUCUCUAACAUAGAGAACCAUUGUAACAUAUUGCUCGGCUUAAAUUUUAAGUGCUCGCGUGCCAUCGGCACUGUUUCUUCUGCUCUCUCUAUUGUUUCCUUUCCCCCUCUUUUUCAAGAUUCAUGUAUAUCUGUUUAUUUUGAUUGUACAGUUGUGCAUUUGCGGCUGAUUGCAUAAAAUUGUUUAUGCAACAUUUCAAAUUGUACAUGUUUACAUUCUUUCUUUGUUGUGAAUGCUGGAAAAUUUGAUUAACAUUUGUUUUGAAUGUUAGAAAUUUUUUAUUUUCA